ACCAAAGUGUAGAAUUAAAUAUGGCACAUCAAGUUCAUAAAAAUGUAAGGAAUGCAAACCAAGCAGAAAUUUUGCGAUCUUACCAAAGGGAUAAUGAUUUAAUAUCUGAUAUGAGUGAACGAAUAACUGAUAUUUUACACAGAUAUAAUUUGUACAGGAAUUUUUCACGUUACACCAAGUCUGACAUAUCUGCAAAAUUACUUUACUUUAUAUUUACUUCAGGAUUAGGUAAUCAAACUCUCGGUGAAGAAUAUACUGGAAUAAUACAAGCAAAUUUAAGCAAAUACAAAAUUCCUUCUUUAAUGGUAAGGAUAAUGUCAGCAAUACUUGAUUAUUUUGGAGAAGAAAUAUUAAUUAAAAUAUUUAAAAAAUUACAAAUCACUGUAAAUAAGAAUGACUGUAAUUUAAAAUCUGAAACUAAAUUAUUUUUAAGUAUGUUUAUUAAUAAAUUAUGCAUUGUAUUACCUACCUUAACUAUGGUUCAUCGGGGAUUAUUUUAUAUUUUUGGAAGAUACUAUAGUAUAGGAAGAAGAGUAACUAGAAUAGAUUAUGUAAAAAUAUAUGGACCACUUUCGGAUAAUAAUCUCAAUUGGAUUCUAAGAAUUUUGGGUUUCAUAACAAUUACUCGGUGUUUGUUCCAACUUUGGCAAUCUAAGAAGUCUAAACUGGAAAUUAUAAAUAAAGACACAAUGUUUGAUAAUAACUCAAUUAGUGAAUGUCAAUUGUGCUUAGAGUAUGUAUCGGUUAGCACAACUCCAUGUGGACACUUAUUUUGUUGGGAUUGUUUAACUGAAUGGCUACAAACUAAAAGUCAAUGCCCUAUUUGUCGAGAAACUGUAAUUUCAUCCCGAAUUGUUCCAUUAAUGAAUUUGUAAUUGAAGUACAAUAUUGCUUACUAAAAUUAAUAAUCA